GGACAGGGACGACUCAAAGAUCAUGGAAACAACCAGGAUACUACUUGAAUGGGUAAUACCAUGGCUCGUCCUCUACCUUGGACAACUAGCAGCCAGCACGGUCAUGGUUCAGACGGUUACCAAAAUGCCAGUAAUUCAAGAAGUGAGACCCGCUCACAAUGACCAGAUCUGCAGUACAUGGGGAAAAUAUCACUUUAAGACUUUCGAUGGAGAUUUCUUCCAGUUUCCCUCGACCUGCAACUACAUCCUUGCGUCCCAGUGUAGAGGAAGCUACGAAAGUUUCAGUAUUCAGUUCCAACGGCAGGAGAUGAAUGGGUCCAUCACCAUUAAAAAGGUCGUGAUGAAACUGGAUGGGGACGUUGUGGAAUUAGCCAAGACUUCCAUCAAAGUCAAUGAUGAGCCUGUCACCAUACCAUUCAGACAGGUUGGCAUUUCAAUUGAAAGAGCCGUCUCCUACGUGAAAAUCGAGGCAAAGCUGGGUUUGGUCGUGAUGUGGAAUGAAAAAGACUCCCUCUGGGUUGAGCUGGAUACAAAAUUCAAGAAUCAGACCUGUGGCCUGUGUGGUGACUACAAUGGAGUCCAGGUUUACGACGAGUUAAUCAAAACAGAAACAGGGGAGUCUGUAUCUCUUGAAUAUUAUGGGGAGUCCUGGAAAGUCAAUGGUCCUAUGGAAGAGUGUGAAGGAAUCUCCCUUCCCGCCACACAGACCUGUGAAAAUCAAAAAGACCUCUGUGCAAACCUGCUGACAGGACCUGCAUUCCUCAGCUGUCAAAAGCUGAUUGACACUGACUCCUUCAUCGAAGCCUGUGUGAAGGACCUGUGCCUCUGUAACAGUUCUACCUCAUGCUUGUGUGCCACAACAUCAGAGUAUUCUCAUCAGUGCGCUCAUGCAGGCGGGGUACCACAGGAAUGGAAGACUACAAAACUGUGUGCAAAAACAUGCCCUUUCAACAUGGAGUAUAAAGAAUGCGGUAGUCCCUGUACUGACACCUGCAGCAACCCCCAGAGAAGCCAAGUGUGUGAGGAUCACUGCUUAGAUGGAUGCUUUUGUCCAACUGGGACUGUCUUUGAUGACAUUACACAAAGGGGAUGUGUUGCUGCUGACACAUGCUCCUGCUUACACAAUGGCAAGCCAUACAAAUCAGGGGAAACAUACUCAAGGACAUGUCAAAAUUGCACCUGUACCCAGGCUCAGUGGCACUGUGAGAGUUUAGACUGUCCUGGCAUCUGCUCCGUGCUGGGUGGCAGCCACAUCUCCACCUAUGAUGACAAAACCUAUUCUUUCCAUGGAGACUGCUCUUAUGCUCUCUCCAAGGAAACUAAUGGGGCUUUCAGCGUCCUUGGUAACCUGGUCAGAUGUAAAAAUUCAGAGAAGUCGACUUGCCUGUCUGCAGUCACCUUACUACUGCCUAAAUACAUGAUGAUUGUAGUUGAAGCUAAUGGAAAGGUUUUGUUUAACAAACUGAACACCCAGCUCCCUCUUAUCACGGAUGACAUAACAGUCUUCAGCCCAUCGACAUUCUUCAUCGUAAUCCACACCAAUGUUGGGCUUCUCCUCGAGAUUCAGCUUUCACCCAUUAUGCAGGUCUACAUCAAAGCCAGUGUUUCCAAUAAGGGAAAACUCAGGGGUCUUUGUGGAGAUUUUAAUGAUGUGGAAGCUGAUGACUUCAAGACCUCAAACGGACUGACUGAGCGAACGGCUGGGACAUUUGUCAACACAUGGAAGACCAAAACAAUCUGCUCCGAUGUGACAAACAUAUUUGGGGACCCCUGUAUUUUGAGCAUAACCAAGGAGAAAUAUGCCAAACACUGGUGCGCCUUGCUGUCAGACCCAAAAGAGAUUUUUGCAAAGUGCCAUUCUGUAAUAAAUCCAGAAGACUAUGAAGCUUCUUGUAUUUAUGACACCUGCGCCUGUGAAAACAGUGAGGAGUGCAUGUGUGCUGCCGUAUCCUCUUAUGUCCAUGCAUGUGCUGCUGAAGGUGUCUUAUUGAAUGGAUGGAGGAACACUGUGUGCCAGAAAUACAUGACUGGCUGCCCUUCGACUUUUGUGUAUGGCUACCAAAUGACAAGCUGUGGUCGCACCUGCCGCUCUCUGAGUCAGUCAGACUCAACAUGUGAGGUUGAAUUUACUCAGCUCGACGGCUGCGGCUGUGCUGAAGGAACUUACCUCAACGAGAAUGGACAGUGUGUGUCAGCCUCACACUGCUCCUGUCAUAUGGGAGACGAGCUGGUACACCACGAUCAUUCCAUCAAAGUCCAUGGACAAAGAUGCUCAUGUCAUAAUGGAAAACUAGAAUGUACAGGAACCCAAAUAACUGAAUCAUGCACCGAGCCAAUGAUUUUCUUCAACUGCUCAAGCGCAAAGCCAGAUGACAAGGGGUCAGAGUGCCAAAGAAGCUGCCAGAUACUGGACACAGAAUGUGUCAGUACACAGUGUAUGUCAGGCUGCGUAUGUCCUGCUGACCUGCUGUCUGAUGGUAAAGGAGGCUGCAUUAAGAAGGAGAACUGUCCCUGCACAUAUAAUGGAGAUUCCUAUCAUUCUGGACAGACUGUUACUGUGGACUGCAAUACCUGCACCUGCAAAAGCACAAAAUGGGAAUGUACAGACCACGAUUGUGAUGGAACCUGUACCAUAUAUGGAGAAGGGCAUUACAUAACUUUUGAUGAAAAGAAAUUUUCCUUUAAUGGGGACUGUGGCUACGUCUUCGCUCAGGAUUACUGUGAGGACAAUAUGAACGGCACCUUUCGGGUCCUGACUGAGAGCAUUCCAUGUGGAUCAACUGAAAGCAUCUGCUCCACUGCUAUCAAACUCUACCUAGGGAACAAUGAAAUUGUUCUUUCAGAGGAACAUUUCAGAGUUAUCAAACAAAGCAAAGGUGUGGACAUACCCUUUAAAGUCCACACUAUGGGCAUUUACCUUGUCAUUGAGGCAAAGAAUGGUCUUGUUCUCAUUUGGAAUAAGAAGACAACACUCAUGAUCAAACUCAAGCCCACAUUCAAGGGAAAAAUAUGUGGUCUUUGUGGGAAUUACGAUGGGAAUAUCAAGAACGAUUUUACCACAAGAAGCAAAGAAGUUGUUGUUGAAGCCCUUGACUUUGGAAACAGCUGGAAAGUGUCACCUACCUGCCCUAAUGCUGACACACACAAAAAUGCUUGCCGUCUGUACUCACACAGGCAAGCAUGGGCAUUAAAAUUCUGCAGCAUUAUCAAUAGUAUAGUAUUUGCUGGUUGCCAUUCAAAGGUGGAUCCACAAAACUAUUAUGAUUCUUGUGUGAGAGACACUUGUUCCUGCAACACAGGGGGAGAUUGUGAAUGUUUCUGCUCGUCUGUAGCAGCCUACGCAGCAGCCUGUAAUGAGGCCGGAGCCUGCGUGAAAUGGAGGACUCCUACAAUCUGCCCCCUGUUCUGUGAUUUUUACAACCCUGAUGGAGAGUGCGAAUGGCACUAUGAGCCUUGUGGAAAACCGUGUAUGAAGACAUGCAGGAAUCCCUCAGGAGCAUGCUACAAUCACAUUCCAGCACUAGAAGGUUGCUAUCCAAAUUGCCCGCCUGAACAAUCUUAUUUGGAAGAAGAUACAAUGCAGUGUGUGCCGCAGGAAAAUUGUGGCUGCUAUGAUAAUGAUGGGAAGCACUACAAAGAAGGGGCACAGAUGCUGCCAAAGGAAAACUGUCACAAGUGUUAUUGUUCUUCAACAAAGAUGGAGUGCAUCUAUGAUAUCAAAGCUUGCACUUGUUCAUACCAAGGACAUUUGUACAAGUAUGGAUAUACAGUCUAUGACACCCAUGAUGGAGAUGGAACCUGUAUCAGAGCUGUUUGUGGAGAAAAAGGAAAUAUUACAAGAAUCACAGAGACUUGCUCUACAACUGCACCAACAACAACAAUCUUUAAUUUUACAACAAGUGAGAAACCGACCAAAACAACAACUCAAACUUCUCCCACUCCAAUUGGUACAACUGAGGCUGUGACACAGAUUCAGACUUUCUCAACAACAAUCACAGGAAGGCUCACCACAACCCCAGUAGAGGAACACACUACUGGUGCCACAACUACUGAAGAACCAAGCACAACAGUAGAAACCACAAAAAAGGCGACCACAACAACAAAUACAACUCCGACAAACACACCCACAAUUACAAAAGAAUCCACAACAAUAACUACAACAAUAGACAAACCCACCACAACCCCAACAACGGAACACACUACUGCUGCCUCAACCACAGAAAAACCUAAGACAACAUCGCCUGACUGCUCUGUUUGUAACUGGUCAGAAUGGACGGACACUACUUACCCUGUUUCUGAAAAUGGUUAUGGAGAUCAUGAACCUAUUGACAACAUUUCUGAUCUGGAUCUGAGUGUUUGCAGUAAACCUCCGGAGAUAGAAUGUAGAGGAAAGGAAUAUAAGAACAUUCCUUUAAAAGAUCUAAAUCAAAAUGUAACAUGCAACUCAAUUGAUGGACUAAUCUGCCAUGGCAUAGACCAGGACCAGGGUAUACCUGCUGUUUGUCUUAACUAUGAAAUUCGAAUGAAAUGUUGCAUUAACACGUGUCAACCUUCAACCACAACUGCAUCCUCAACAACAACAACAAAAGGACGGUCUACUACAACCUCAGCAAAAACCACAGAAAAUCUCACGACAAGGACAACCACAGUAAAGGAACACACUACUGCUGCUACAACAACUGAAGAACCUAGCACAACAGUAAAAAUCACAGAAAAGGCGACCACAACAACAAAUACAACUCCGACAAACACACCUACAAUUACAAAAGAAUCCACAACAAUAACUACAACAAUAGACAAACCCACCACAACCCCAACAACGGAACACACUACUGCUGCCUCAACCACAGAAAAACCUAAGACAACAUCGCCUGACUGCUCUGUUUGUAAGUGGUCAGAAUGGACGGACACUACUUACCCUGUUUCUGAAAAUGGUUUUGGAGAUCAUGAACCUAUUGACAACAUUUCUGAUCUGGAUCUGAGUGUUUGCAGUAAACCUCCGGAGAUAGAAUGUAGAGGAAAGGAAUAUAAGAACAUUCCUUUAAAAGAUCUAAAUCAAAAUGUAACAUGCAACUCAAUUGAUGGACUAAUCUGCCAUGGCAUAGACCAGGCAAAAACCACAGAAAAUCUCACGACAAGGACAACCACAGUAAAGGAACACACUACUGCUGCUACAACAACUGAAGAACCUAGCACAACAGUAAAAAUCACAGAAAAAGCGACCACAACAACAAAUACAACUCCGACAAACACACCUACAAUUACAAAAGAAUCCACAACAAUAACUACAACAAUAGACAAACCCACCACAACCCCAACAACGGAACACACUACUGCUGCCUCAACCACAGAAAAACCUAAGACAACAUCGCCUGACUGCUCUGUUUGUAAGUGGUCAGAAUGGACGGACACUACUUACCCUGUUUCUGAAAAUGGUUUUGGAGAUCAUGAACCUAUUGACAACAUUUCUGAUCUGGAUCUGAGUGUUUGCAGUAAACCUCCGGAGAUAGAAUGUAGAGGAAAGGAAUAUAAGAACAUUCCUUUAAAAGAUCUAAAUCAAAAUGUAACAUGCAACUCAAUUGAUGGACUAAUCUGCCAUGGCAUAGACCAGGACCAGGGUAUACCUGCUGUUUGUCUUAACUAUGAAAUUCGAAUGAAAUGUUGCAUUAACACGUGUCAACCUUCAACCACAACUGCAUCCUCAACAACAACAACAAAAGGACGGUCUACUACAACCUCAGCAAAAACCACAGAAAAUCUCACGACAAGGACAACCACAGUAAAGGAACACACUACUGCUGCUACAACAACUGAAGAACCAAGCACAACAGUAGAAACCACAAAAAAGGCGACCACAACAACAAAUACAACUCCGACAAACACACCUACAAUUACAAAAGAAUCCACAACAAUAACUACAACAAUAGACAAACCCACCACAACCCCAACAACGGAACACACUACUGCUGCCUCAACCACAGAAAAACCUAAGACAACAUCGCCUGACUGCUCUGUUUGUAACUGGUCAGAAUGGACGGACACUACUUACCCUGUUUCUGAAAAUGGUUAUGGAGAUCAUGAACCUAUUGACAACAUUUCUGAUCUGGAUCUGAGUGUUUGCAGUAAACCUCCGGAGAUAGAAUGUAGAGGAAAGGAAUAUAAGAACAUUCCUUUAAAAGAUCUAAAUCAAAAUGUAACAUGCAACUCAAUUGAUGGACUAAUCUGCCAUGGCAUAGACCAGGACCAGGGUAUACCUGCUGUUUGUCUUAACUAUGAAAUUCGAAUGAAAUGUUGCAUUAACACGUGUCAACCUUCAACCACAACUGCAUCCUCAACAACAACAACAAAAGGACGGUCUACUACAACCUCAGCAAAAACCACAGAAAAUCUCACGACAAGGACAACCACAGUAAAGGAACACACUACUGCUGCUACAACAACUGAAGAACCUAGCACAACAGUAAAAAUCACAGAAAAGGCGACCACAACAACAAAUACAACUCCAACAAACACCCCUACAAUUACAGAUGAAUCCACAACAACAACCACCACCACAACAACUACAAUCAUAGAUAAAACCACCACAACCUCAGGAGAGGAACACACUACUGCUGCCAUAACUACUGAAGAAUCAAGCACGCAAGUACAACCCACAGAAAAGGCGACCACCACCACUACAAACACACCCACAAUUACAAAUGAAUCCACAACAACUACAUUCAUAGAGAAACCCACCACAACCCCAGUAGAGGAACACACUACUGCUGCCUCAACUACUAAAGAACCAAGCACGCCAGUAGAAACCACAGAAAAGGCGACCACAACAACCUCUGAAAAUCCCAUUACUACUGCUGUUGCAACAACUAAUAACUCCAUCACAACAACCGCAGAAGUUUUUACAGAUGCUGUGGUUACAACAACGAUACCAUUAACAGGAGCCAUUGUUACAGUUACAACUGCAACACCCUCAGUAACGCCCAUUACUGAAGCUCCAACUGUAAAACCUUCAACUUUUCAGACCUCAACAACAGGCAGAACAACGUUAUGUUUCUGCAAAUACAUGGAUACAUUUUUUACUCCUGGUAGCUUCAUGUACAAUAAGACUGAUGGAGAAGGCUGGUGUUUUACGGCAUAUUGCAAUUUGGCAUGCAAUGUUGAGAAGCUUGCUAGAGCAUGUCAACCUUCGACUUCACCAACUCCUACCACCACUACCACAAGCUCUGGCACUACAAAACCAAAUAGCGCUACAACUGCCAGUACAAUUAUUUCAACCACACAGGGGCCUCGCAAAAACUGUCCAUAUCUGCAGCCACCUCGAAAGGACGGUGAGUCCUGGAGUUCAAUCAACUGCUUCACAGAAAAAUGUAAAAAUGGAAGCGUAAUAACAGAUCAUGUACCAUGUGGCCCAGUGACCAUGCCUGUAUGUGAAAAUAAGUAUCCACCAGUCAGGGUUUAUGAUGAACAAGGCUGCUGUUUCCACUAUGAAUGCAGAUGUGUGUGUGCUGGCUGGGGGGAUCCUCAUUAUAUGACAUUUGAUGGCCAGUAUUACAGCUUCCAGGAAAACUGCACAUAUGUCCUCGUCAAAGAGAUCAUUCCUCAACACAAUUUAACAAUUCUUAUCGACAACGAAAACUGUAAUCCCUCUGGAACUGUGACCUGUCCUAAAUCCUUGAUCGUGUACUACAAAAACUAUAAAGUUAUUUUAACACAGGAGAGAAAACCAAAGACUGUAAAUAAGGUGUUCAUCAACGGCAAGCAGGCAUUACCAACCUACUCUAAUGAUGACUUUACCAUAACAAGUUCAGCAAUUGAGCUGGUGUUGAGAAUCCCGGAAAUUGAAGCCGUUGUGAAGUUCAAAGGGCUUUCAUACAGCGUUGAAUUGCCGAUUUCCCUUUUCCACAACAACACAGAGGGACAGUGUGGUACCUGUGACAAUAACACGAACAAUGACUGCAGAUUACCAAAUGGACAGAUUAAUUCUGCAUGCUCUCAGAUGGGACAGUGGAAAGUACGAGUUAAUAAUAAACCAUAUUGUGACAACCAACCACAACCAAUACCAACACCUACAGCAGGAGCACCCUGCAAACCGGAUAUCUGUGAAAUUCUGAACAGCAAGGUGUUUGAGGAAUGCCACAAAGUAAUCUCACCAAAACCAUUUUACGAGAGCUGUAAAUUUGAUGUUUGCCACGUGGGGAAUUCCACCAUUGGUUGUUCCACUAUAGCGGUGUAUGCCAUGAUGUGUGGUGAAGCAUCUGUCUGUAUACCCUGGAGGAAUGCUACAAACGGACAGUGUGACUAUACAUGUCCACAACAUAUGGUCUACAAACCUUGUGGGACAACUUUUAUUCCAACUUGCAAUGCAAGAUACAAUGAGAAGCAGACACGACAAUGCCUGGGGAAAAAUGGCAAAAUAGACGAAGCUUGUAAUGCCAUCAUAGAGGGAUGUUUCUGCCCGGAGGGGACAACCCUGUUCAGCUCAAAUUCUGACCAAUGUGUCUCCUCCUGUUGCACUGGACCUGAUGGCCAACCUAAACAGCUUGGUGAGACUUGGCAGAAUGACUGUAAGCAGUGCACUUGUGAUGAGGACACACUGAGUGUUCAGUGUGAGCUUCUCACAUGUCCCACUCAAGAGCCAAUAACCUGUACCGAGGAAGGUGAGGUGUUGGUGGAGCGCAAAGUGGACUGCUGUAUGAGACUGACCUGUGAAUGCAAUACGAGACACUGUUCGUCACCAAAACAUAAAUGCAAACUGGGAUUUGAGUUGGACAUCCACAUGUCAAAUGACACUUGCUGCCCGUCUUAUCGCUGUGUACCCAAAGGUGUCUGUGUCUUCAAUGAUACUGAGUACAAGCCAGGUAUGGAUUUCUCCAAAAACCCAUGUGAAUCAUGCCGCUGUACUAAAACUCAGGAUCCCAGCAGCAAGUUGAACGCCAUUGAGUGUAAUGUGAUACAAUGUAAAACAUUGUGUUCAGAGGGCUAUGUGUAUGAAAACCAACCUGGACAUUGUUGUGGAUCGUGUAAACAAACCAGCUGUGUUGUGGUGGUCCCAGGCGUCACUUCUCCAAUCAUUAUUAAACCUUCUCAGUCUUGGUCUCCACCAAAUGAUAAGUGUGUCACGUAUGAUUGCCAAAAGGUGAAGGAUGAGUUCAUAACGUCUAAAAAUCUAACAACAUGUCCUGCAUUUGAUCCAGCAAACUGCGUUCCUGGAACUGAACAAAGUGACAUCAACGGUUGUUGCAAAACUUGUACUCAAAGAACCAACUGUCAAAUGAACAGGACCACCAUCUAUCUGCAGACAAAGAACUGCAAGUCAGUUGUGCCAGUGGAAAUCACAGCCUGUGCAGGACCUUGUGGAGCGUCCUCAUCAAUGUACUCUGCGGAAAACAAGCGAUUGAUGCAUUCGUGCUCAUGCUGUCAAGAAAUGGCAACCAGUAGGAAGGAGGUGGAGAUGGACUGCAUCGAUGGCAAUAAGAUAAAGCACACUUACAUUUCAGUUGACAAGUGUGGUUGCCAAGUCGCUGAAUGUAUGGACAUAAAAAAACAAAUGUAAAAAUGUUGCAAGACAAUUUCCUACACCCCUGGAAAUCGUCUAUCUAUACUCAUCACUUUCUCAUUUAUUGUCAGGGAGGCAGGUCUGCAUAGUGCGCUGUGAUGACAGCACGUGCUUGUGUCCUGGUGUUUCUUUUAGCUUUUGAAACUUAACGAUGUGGUGUUUUUAAUCUUAGAGGGUGUUUCUCUUUAUUUUACUAAAAAAUAACUUAUAAAGAUAAAAGGCACAAGAAUAGAUUCAGAUAUUACAGUACAUUUCAGCAAUAUUUUAUUUUUGGGAAAGGGAUUAUAUUUGUGGAAAAAUGUGAAAGAUUAAAAAAAAUAUAUGAAUUUGAACUCACAACCCAUCAAAUAUAUAUAUAUAAGGCUAUCGUUGUCCUCCAUCUUAUGUGUCAAAAAUGUGAAUGUCUUGAUUUUCAUUAAAGUCUCAGGUUUACUCGCU